AUUUGUUAGUUUUGAUUCAAGCAAUACGAACAUAUCGGUGUAAUAUUUGUACUAAGUGUUGCUGAUUAAAUUUAAAAAUGAUUAGUAAUAAUUUUUAUUUGUCUGGUAUUUUCAAAAUUGGUUUUGUUGUACUUCUUUUAACAUAUAAUGCUCAUGCGGUAAUUGAUAAAAUAGAUAUAAAACCUCCUGAUUAUAACAGUACAUUUGACCAUUCAUUUUUACAUGUAAUAAGUACAUUUGAAAACGAUAUUACAACAUGGAUCCCCAUAAAUGUAAAAGAAGACAUAAACUAUUCAUUAAUAAGUCCACAUGAUAUUGAAUUAUUAUCAAAGGCCUGCAAAAACGAUUAUAUUUGUAGAAAAAAUAAAAUUGAUAGUUUAAACAACUUAAAAACAAUACUCGAAUCUUUGGAAUGUUUUCAUGUUUAUUUAAGUCUAAAAAUUUUAAAUAUUUUUAAUAACGAUAUUACGAAAAAAAAAGAAAAUCCAAAUCAUAAAUUCAAAUUAAGAUAUGAACAUGUAAGAGAUUACGCGGUAAGAAUGUUGUCAUUUUUUACUUAUGGCAAGUUUAAGGUUAACUCAUGGCAGUUUGACUUUUCAAUGAAUGUUAUUAAUAUGAUAAGACUUGAAAAUGAUAAGAAAAAAUCAUUUGAAGACAUAUUAGUGUAUAUUAAUAAUUCAUCGUUAUUAUCAACUAUGAAUGAGUUUUGCGAAAAUUGUAAAAGAUCUAAUAAAUUUUUUGCAUCAUUUAAUUCAGUUUUAUCUAACACAUACCAAGACAAACCUGAUCCAUUCAGAAUUCUUAAAAAAAUUAAAUCUUAUAUGAAAAAUAUAUUGUCGAAUUUAAAUAUUGAUUGUGUAAUUAAUUUGGACAAAAUAUCUCAUAAAUUGAUAAAAAAAGAAAAUAUGCAAGUAAUAAAAAUUGACCCUAAUUUUGAAAAAAAAAAACAUAAUUUUCUUAAAAGUCUCACAUUGAGUAAACACGAAAUUGAAACUUACGAGAGAAAUACUGCUUGUGUUACAAAUUGGCAAUUAAGGAAAAAAGACAUCGGAAAACGUCUUCAAGCUAGUUAUUUUCAACGUGCAUGUACAAUGCAGCCUACAACGUGUAGCAAGAAAAUAAUGGAAAAAAUGUUGCACACCAAUAAAAAAAAUGAAGUUAUUGAAACCGAUGAAACCAAAAAUGGCUUGUAUCGUUCUAAAUAUGGCAUAAAUAACGAAAAAGAAGCAAUAAAAGAAUUUAGAAAUGAAAUUAAUGUAGAAAUUCAAUCAUGUGGUGUAUUUAUUGAUGAAAAUUUAAACUAUUUAAGUGCAAGUCCAGAUGGUUUGGUUGGAAAGGAUGGUAUUGUUGAAGUGAAAUGUCCUUUUAAUGCUAGAGACAUGACUCCUGAAGAGGCUAUUAAGAGUAAUAAUAUAAGAUAUGUCUAUUUUGAUAAAAACGGAAAUCUAUUACUUAAACGCAAUUCUCAACAAUUUUAUCAAAUACAAGGAGAAUUGCACAUAACAAAAAGACAGUAUUGUUAUUUCAUAAUUUGGACUCAAAAAGGAAUGAUUUAUACAAAAAUAAUACGGGAUGACAAAUUUUGGAUCGAUCAUAUGGAAAAUCAACUAAAUGACUUUUACGAAAAUCGCAUGCUACCUGAACUAAUCAGUCUUUAUGAAGACUGACAAGCAAUUAUUUGAAAAUAAUGAAAUUCAGUUUCCCUAAUGAUUUUGUUAAAAUAUUUAAUAAUAAGUUAAUUUUUUUUUUAAUUUUUGUUUUAUUGAAUUUUUAGAAUCAGUUUUAUUUGAAAUAAAAG